GCAAUGGCGUCUGGGCUGGUGAGACUGCUCCAGCAGGGGCCUCGCUGCCUCCUGGCUCCGGCCGUCCUGACGCUCGUUUCUCCAGUUCGGGGAGUGAAGAAGGGGUUCCGCACCGCCUUACGCUUCCAGAAGGAAUUAGAACGGCGGCGCCUACUGCAGUGCCCGCCGCCGCCUGUGCGCCGUUCAGAGAAGCCCAACUGGGAUUACCAUGCUGAAAUACAAGCUUUUGGACAUCGGUUACAGGAAACCUUUUCCUUAGAUCUUCUCAAAACUGCAUUUGUUAACAGCUGCUAUAUUGAAAGUGAGGAGGCCAAACGCCAAAAACUUGGAAUAGAGAAAGAAGCUGUUCGUCUGAAUCUUAAAGAUAAUCGAGAACUAUCUGAAGAAGGGAUAUCUUUUGCACAAACUUGCCUCACACAAUUUUUUGAAGAUGAGUACCCAGACUUGCCCACUGAAGGUAUCAAAAGUCUUGUUGACUUUCUCACUGGUGAGGAAGUUGUGUGUCACGUGGCUAGAAACUUGGCUGUGGAGCAGUUGACACUGAGUGCAGAAUUUCCAGUGCCCCCAACUGUAUUAAAGCAGACUUUCUUUGCAGUAAUUGGUGCCCUGCUACAGAGUAGUGGGCCUGAGAGGACUGCACUUUUCAUCAGGGUAGGUAAUUAUUAAUUGCACA